AUGGCAAUGGCGCCGGGGCAAGCCGCACAGACGACGAAGGAAAAAACCAGUCCGACGCCAAUCGAUGCGCAGAAUCCGGCCAAAGCCGAGGAAGGUCCCGCGGCAGUGUUUGUCCAGAAGGAAGCAGCUCAAUCCUUUGGUGACGGUGCUCACAGACCGACCCGUUGGCUGACAGUCUCACCCUACCUCGAGCACGAGCAUCUCCUGGAUCUGGACAGUGUCGACACGCCGAACAGACUUCUUGCUCUUGCAUCAACGGAGCUGGAGCCAGCAAGUCCUCACUAUGCCACGGUUAAAUACGAAGAAGCACUCGACUGGGACAGCUUGAUGUUCAAGUUGAAGUCACUCGCAGCCACUGAAGGAUACAAAUGGACGCGGCGCGAAUUCUAUGUGGUUGAAUUCAGAUCUAAGCUCAAGAAGGACAUUGAUGUUGACCUACUGUUCAAGCUCGACAAACAGUCUCAUAUCGAAGCCACAGCGAGCGGCGGCCUGUUGAAGUACUGGUACGGUGUUCCUGACGCGAACAGGAGGAACCUCGCAACAUGCCUAUGGCGCAGCAAGGAGGACGCUGUCAAUGGAGGUCGGGGACCUUGGCACAAACAAGCUCGAGCUGCUAUUCCCAACAUGUACGAGCACAUUAACGUCAAAGGGUUGCGCCUGGUGAUCGAGGACGAUGUGAGGAGCUGGUCCUUCGAGCCACAUGCUUGA